GUCAGCUCAGGGCUCCCACGUGGGAAGAUAGGGGUGAAACUGGCGUAGAGAAACAUGUCGAAAAACAAAGCGAACGGCGCGUCUACAGCGGGACAAGUAGCGGACGACAACCAGGACCUACUCCGCAUGACCACGCGGACCCGCAGCGGCCGCAUGGUGCGUCGCCCAUCCGGACUCCAGAACUGUGAGGUCCCGGCGAGGACUCCCGUCAGACGGAGCAGAAGGUCCAUCAUACCGGAGCAGAGUGAAGCGGAGCAACAAGCACCGGAGCUGGACGAAGACAAUCCCGCAAUGAGUGUCGGCCAGGAGACGGCGAAGGAGAAGUCCGCAGUGAGUGUUGAGCAGAGUGAACCGGAGCAACAAGCGCCGAAGCCGGUCGAAGAGAAUCCCGCAGUGAGUGUCGGCCAGGAGACCGUGAAGGAGAAGUCCUCAGUGAGUGUCGGCCUGGAGACGGUGGAGGAGAAGCCUGCAGUGUGUGUUAAACCGGGGACUGUUGCGGAUAAACCCGCCAUAUGUGUCGAGCCGGAGGGGCCUCGCUUAGACCCCGCAGUAGAGGUGGACAAAGCCGGUCAAGUGUCCAAGCCUGCCCCUGUCGAAAGACCACCAGCGAUCCCAGAGACGGAGUCGCAUCCUCCCAAGAAGAAGCGCCGUCAGAGAAAAAGUGUCAAAGCGGCUGUUGCUAUUCCUCUGGGGAAGCCAAAAUCAGGACGUGUGUGGAAGGACCGCAACAAGCAGAGGUUCUCUGCGCUGGUACGAGACGCAUCACUGUGUACUUCCUGGAAGAAGAAAAUGCAGGCGAAGCGAGAGAAGCAGCUGGUACAGAAGUACUCAUCGCAACUGAAAGAGCAGAAAGCCCAAGCGAAAGAGGAGAAGCGGAAACGGCGAGAAGACAACUUGAAGCGGCGCGAGGAGAACGAACGCAAAGCGGAGGUUGUGCAAGUGAUCCGAAACACGGCAAAGCUCAAGAGGAUGAAAAAGAAGCAGCUGAGGAAGAUCGAGAAGCGCGACACGCUCGCGCUACUGCAAAAGUCCAACAACAACAACAAUGACCAGAAGAAGAACGAGAACCAGAACAACAAUAACAAAGCCAAGCGAGCAAAGAAAAGCAAGAGUGCAAAUUUGACUUGAAGACUUCUUUGUCACCAAGUUGUUUCUCUUCACAGAAGAUUUACGAAUAACGAGAGCUUCUAAGCUUUCCUCCGAGCAGUGGAAAGCAAGACGUUUCAAAUAUUCUGCCCGUAUCAUGCAAUUGUUGCCGUACAGGUCCCUCAAGUUUGGUUUCAGCCUGUGAUUAUUUUUUUUUUUUUCAAUUUGCAGGACUUUCUAUUAAAUAAAGUAUCUCCUGAAAAUUCA